UCCAAGCUUCUACGGUCAUCGACGCGUCAACCGCCGCCAAAGCCGCCAUCGACGCCAUGAACAACGCCUUCUACAACCCCUCCGAAGGCCGCUGGUCUCCUGAUGUCGCCUGGUGGAUCUCCGGUACCGCCCUCCAGGCGGUUUUGGACUACAUGCACGUUACCGGCUCACGGGACUACCUCUCUCAAGCGCACGAGAUCAUCGAAAAGCAAAAGGCCCCCCUGCCCUGGUGGCCACAAGGCGACGGUAACUUCAGGGCUGACUCGACCGACGAUACGGGCUGGUGGGCGCUGGCCAUGCUCCGCAUGUUUGACCUUACGGGCGACAAGCAAUACCUGACGAUUGCAAUGCAGGACGAGCAGUACAUCUGGAACUACUGGACGGACACGGAGUGUGGCGGCGGCAUCUAUGUGGACAUCAAGGCGAUGACGUACAAGAAUGCCAUUGCCAACGCCUUGUAUAUCAAGCUGGCCGCGGGUUUGCAUCUUCGAACGGGUGAUGCUCGUUAUCUGACCAGGGCGCUCAAGGCGCACCAGUGGUUCGUGGAAUCGGGCAUGAUCAACGCAGAGGAAUUGGUCAACGACGGGUUGACGCAAGAUAAGGCUAAUGGAGUGUGCUUCAACAACGAGGGACCGACGUGGUCGUACCUCCAGGGAGUGGUAAUAGGCGGUUUAGUUGAACUCUUUCGCACAACACUCAACGAAACCUACAUCCGCUCUGCCGCAACCCUCGCCAACGCCGUCAUCUCCUCGCCCCAACUCACUCCCCCCUCCACAGGUGUUCUAACCGACUACGCCUGCGAGGGCACCGCCGCGGGCUGUAACUACGACCAGCAGAGCUUUAAGGGCAUAUUUGCUCGCAACCUCGGCGAGCUCGAUGUGUUGAUUGUGGGACGACCGUAUCGCACAUACCUGGAGCAGAACGCAAACUCGGCUUAUCAGAAGGCACGAAACGCAGAUGAUACGUAUGGUACAAGCUGGUCGGGACCGUUUGAUGGAAGCAGUUUGGCAAAACAGCAGUCGGCGGCGAGCUUGUGGGUUGCGCUACUUUAG